AAAUAGCUCAGCGUAUUGUCCCUUCUGAAAGCAUUUCUUCAUACUGAAGUUACUCUGCAGUCUCUUGGCUCCAACAAUGUCACCCAAGACUCUUUUCAGUUUGGCUGUCCUCUUGGUUGUAGUUGCAACUGUGGCAGGUGGCUUAUCAAGCAGCUCGAAAGGUGGAACAUAUACCUAUGACCUAUCUAAGUUAUCUGACCUGACGAAGCUGUACAACUCUGGGGUUCACAAAGCUGAGAGACUGAAAAGACCCUUGGACGGAUGGUCUACUACGGUAGGAGUUCUCAGUCACUCUGGAGUCAGAGUAACUUUGGCUGAUGGAAGCCAAUGGCUGGUUCACAAAGGGGAUAAUUUUGGGAUCAAGUCCAAUACCGUUGUGGUCGAUGUUAAACACAUGAGCGACAAAUGGAAGGUCGUCGAGACAAAAGAUUUUGAAGGGAGGAAGACAGUCUCUGAUUUUGUAAAAGCUGGAGGCACUGACUACAGCCUCAUCUUUGACAACUGCCAUUCCGGGGCUGGAAGAAUGAUGAAGCAAUAAGAAGGCGAGCACUGCUACUGGACAAUUCUUUAUAAUUACAGUAGCUAUUAAUAAUUGCAUACCCUUUUGUUGUUUACUGCUUUGUAUUCAAUGAAAAACACAAAAUGCUGUAUACAAUUUUGUUUUCAUUUGAGCAAUGUAUUAUUCCUUCUUACAAACACUACACAGCACUUGUUUUAUUUUCAUUGGGAAAUUAAACAAUAUGGUGAGCUAUUGUAAACAUUAGCAAUUCAGUACCUCCAUAUUAGCUGUACUGUUGUUGACAGAGACAUUUUGUGGAGACAGAUUGAUCUAUGAUCUAUACUGUACUACUGGUGGCAUGACAUCUUCUAAAAUGGGGCCAUUUUCACAAAAGAAUAAAAAUCUCCUUUCAAAA